CAUAUCAAAUAACAGGGGUGGAGUGACAUCUCAGAUCUUCUACCUGUGGUCAGGGUAGGCCAAGCAAGGGUAGUACACUAUGCUCUUUGCUGUGAUUUUUUUUUUUUGUGUGUAAGCUGGUAGUGUCUUUCUUUCCUGUAGGAUGCUGAUGACUGAGAGCCCUGUCAAGGAGAAGGGUGUCCACUGCAGUGGCAGCACGGAGGGAGGACUUUGCCAUGCUGGUGGAGUCUAGAGUCCUGUCCUCGCAUAGAGGUGCUGGCAGGUUCCUGAGGACCUGGCCUGUCUGUCUUGGGUGUGUGCAGCUGCCGGAAGGGGAGGCUCCCCUGAGGACAUAUUGACAGCCCCCUGCCCUCUCUGUGCCCUAGCUGCCUAAAGAUUUUCAGCCCUGGACACUGGGAGCCAGGACCCCAGGACUGACCACACGCCCUGCCUCUGCAGCCAUACCUCAUUAGUCCUAAUGUACUGACUGGAAGGGAGGGGGUGGACAUGGAAGGAGAGGAGAGGCUCCCAGGGGCUCUCAGCUGCCCGCUGCUGAUUGGCCCUGCCCUCCCUUCUCCUCGGCAGGGUGCCAGAAAGCUGGAACUUUGCUAUCUGGGUAAUUAGCUUCAGACCCUGGACUGAGGCCGGCCAGGUCUUAGGGCUACUUCCCACAGGCUGUGCACCCUGACCCCAAGAGGGAGGUGAGGCGCUGCUUGUAGAGAGGCCCUACUAGCUAAACAGCUGAGGUGCCAGGCCUCCCUGGGGAGUGGGUGAAGGUGUCCCCUACACUGCCCUCCUUGCCUGGGCUGUGCUCCUCAGGGCCUGGGCCUGGUCACAGCGUGGGGCCUCCUGACCCAGCCUUGCCAAGGGCAAAGGGCACCAGGCCUUGGGAAGGGGAUGCCCCCAAGGGAGACAGUCCAGCCAGCUGCCCCACCCCUCAGGCCCAGCCUGGCCCCCAAAUCCCCCACUGUGGUGCUCCAAGCAGCCCUGUGGGCAGGCAUCCCCCACAAUGGCCGAGCACCUGGAGCUGCUGGCAGAGAUGCCCAUGGUGGGCAGGAUGAGCACUCAGGAGCGGCUAAGGCAUGCCCAGAAGCGACGUGCCCAGCAGGUGAAGAUGUGGGCCCAGGCUGAGAAGGAGGCCCAAGGCAAGAAAGGCCAUGGGGAGCAGACACAGAAGGAGGCAGCUGUCCAAGGGCUUCGGAAGCAGGUCCUCUUCCCUGCUAGCAUUGCCCUUCUGGAAGCCGCUGCCCGAAAUGACCUAGAGGAAGUCCACCAGUUCCUUAGGAGUGGGGUCAGCCCUGACCUGGCCAAUGAGGAUGGUCUGACUGCGCUGCACCAGUGCUGCAUCGAUGACUUCCGAGAGAUGGUGCAGCAGCUCCUGGAGGCCGGGGCUGAUGUCAAUGCCCGUGACAGUGAGUGCUGGACACCGCUGCAUGCUGCAGCCACUUGUGGCCACCUGCACCUGGUGGAACUCCUCAUUUCCCGUGGUGCAGAUCUUCUGGCAGUCAACACUGAUGGGAACAUGCCCUAUGACCUGUGUGAGGACGAGCAGACCCUGGACUGCCUCGAGACUGCCAUGGCCAACCGUGGUAUCACCCAGGACAGCAUCGAGGAGGCCCGGGCGGUACCAGAGCUGCGCAUGCUAGAUGAUCUCCGGAGCCUGCUGCAUGCUGGGGCUGACCUCAAUGACUCCCUGGACCAUGGGGCCACACUGCUGCACAUCGCCGCUGCUAAUGGGUUCAGCGAGGUGGCUGCCCUGCUUCUGGAGCACGGAGCCAGCCUGAGCGCCAAGGACCGUGAUGGCUGGGAGCCACUGCACGCUGCGGCCUACUGGGGCCAGGUGCAGCUGGUGGAGUUGCUUGUGGCACACGGGGCUGACCUAAACGGAAAAUCCCUGAUGGAUGAGACACCCCUUGAUGUGUGUGGGGAUGAGGAGGUGCGGGCCAAGCUGCUGGAGCUGAAGCACAAGCAGGAUGCGCUUCUGCGAGCCCAGGGCCGUCAACGCUCCCUGCUGCGCCGCCGUACCUCCAGUGCAGGCAGCCGUGGGAAGGUGGUGAGGCGGGUGAGCCUAACCCAGCGCACCAACCUGUACCGCAAGGAGCACGCCCAGGAGGCCAUUGUGUGGCAACAGUCACCACCUACCAGUCCAGAGCCACUGGAGGAUGAUGAGGACCGGCAGACAGAUGCUGAGCUCCGGCUGAGGCCCCCAGAGGAGGAGGACCCCGAGGUGGCCAGGCCACACAAUGGUCAAGUAGGAGGCCCCUCAGGGCGUCACCUAUACUCCAAGCGGUUAGACCGGAGUGUCUCCUAUCAGCUGAGCCCCCUGGAGAGCACCACCCCUGAUACCCUUGUCCGAGACAAGGCCCACCACACCCUGGCACAGCUCAAGCGCCAGCGAGCUGCCGCCAAGCUUCAGCGAACUGCUCUUGAGGGGCUGGAGGCCCCUGAGCAUGGCCUGCCUUCUGACACCGAGACCUCACAGCCUGACUGUGGCUUCAGGGCAACUGGAGACCCACCCCUGCUCAAGCUCACAGCCCCCUCAGAGGAGGCCCCUGUGGAGAAGAGGCCAUGCUGCCUGCUCAUGUGAAAGGCCAUUGUCUCCAGGCCUGAGGCUGCCUCACAGCCCUGCCCUGGAGACGACUCACUCCCAGUGUGUGCCCUGGUACUGCAGAGGGACAGCCAGUAUAGAGGCUCCCUUUGCUUCUACCACCCAGGACACUGGCUUCCUCUCUCAGGGAUGGACCUGUGACAAAGUCAUACCUGUGGGCAUCAGGCCGCAAAGACUGUUUGUCCUGUGACUCUUGAUAAAGGCUGUUUG